AUGAUGCCUAAAGUAUAUGCUAAAGAGCGAAGAAAAGGUGCCUUGGGGUUUGAUCUAAAUGAAACCCCAUUUGGUAGUGGUACCCCUUGCGAAACCACUUCAAGUAAAACAGAAUCGCAAAGCAUCAAUCUACAGGGCAUUGCAGCGAGGGUAGAUGUAGUUACAGUGGAUGGAUUACGAAGAACCAAAGACGAUAUAGUUGCUAAUACUGUAAAAGAUUUAUUUGGUGCAACCAACUUCGAAGAGAUAAUAAAAACAGCUCAUGGAGUCAGACAGAAAUUGCUGCAGCUUGGCUGUUUUAAAUCUAUAGCCAUUCAUAUAGACACUAGUUCAGGUCCAGCAGCAACGCCUUCUGGUUUUGAGGUUAACUAUGAAGUCAGUGAAUUAAAACGAAUAACUGGUGGUAUCACUACCAAUAUUUCUAAUUCUGGUGAGGGCAUUUUCUCAUUUGGAGGUAUCUUUCCAAAUUUAUGGGGUAGAGGGGAGAGUCUUAAGGGAGACGUGUCUUAUGGCUCUGGCAGUUCAAGUACAGCAAAUGUAACAUUUGUCAAGCCUUUCAUUUCAGCUCAUAACCUUGUUGGGUCUCUUUCAGCAGUUAAAAGUUACAAUGAGGCAAGUAGCUCUGGGUAUAACCUCUUUGAGAAUGGACUUAUUGCCGAGUGUGCUUAUACAUCUUUUCCAGGGUGGAACCAUAAAUUCCAAUAUGAGGCUAAUUGGAGGUUGAUGGGACCUGAUACCAAGCAGACUUCAUUUUUUGUUCGAAACGAGGCAGGCUCGACGUUAAAAUCAAGUGCUCGUCAUAUAUGGAACAUCGACACCAGAAACUCUACUAUUUUUCCAACAUGUGGGCAUUUAAUGCAAAUGACAUCAGAAUUUGCUGGCAUAGGGGGCAAUGUUAAUUUUCUAAAAAAUGAAAUCCGCCUUCAAAAUACUAUCCCGAAAGGGGACUUUAUCUUCCAAGGUGGCCUUAACCUGGGUUUAUUGAACCCCAUCGGCGAAGGAAAAGUUGAUGUUAUUGAUUCCUUCUUCUUAGGCGGUCCUUUAGGUUUUCGAGGGUUUACAGGUCGGGGUAUGGGACCCAAGGAAGGUGAAAAUUAUGUAGGAGCAAAAAUGUAUUGGGCUACUGGGUUCCAUCUAUAUACACCCCUUCCUUUCAGGCCUGGCGAAGGUGGUGUUGGAGACCUUUUCAAGUUACAUAUUUUCACCAAUAUUGGAAACAUAGGGGAAUUUGAUUUCAAUAGCAUUACAGGCUUCUUUGAUGAACAGAAAAAUAAUUUAAGAAUUGCAGCUGGGCUGGGUUUCGUGCUCAAACUUGGAAGUAUGGCCAGAGUAGAACUGAAUUUGGUAUAUCCCAUAAAAGCAGGAGAAUCAGACAAUCCAGUCACCGGAUUACAAAUUGGCGUUGGUGGAGAUUUUCUUUAG